CUAUGAGCAAUUUUUUCCCGUCCACUCAAAAUUGAUACUACAGUACUGUGUGUUUUCUCAAAAAUCCAGUGUGAUUUGAGCAUAGAUGACGAUUAUGAAGAGCGUCGCAAAUCCAUUGACAUUCUCUUCUGCACCAUAUUCCCCCCUUAAGGUUCAAUUCAUGGCGGCACAGCAAAAGCCAAUUCCUUCAGCUACCAAAACCGUCGGCUCUAAAAAAAGUACAACUGUUUUCCCUCUGGGCGAGCCCGGCCCUCGAGUGAGCUCCUUAACAUCAAUGCCACCAGUGAAGCUGUUGACACGCGUGGAACAGCUCCGACUCCUAACCAAAGCUGAGAAAGCCGGCCUAUUAUCGGCAGUAGAGAAAUUUGGGCUAUCCUUGUCUACGAUUGAGAAACUUGGCCUCCUUUCUAAAGCAGAGGAAUUUGGUGUCCUUUCAGCUGCUACCGACCCGGGAACUGCUUCGACUCUUCUGAGCCUGAGCUUGGUUUUGCUUAUUUUGGGUCCUUCGUUUGUCUACUUGGUGCCCGAAGAUUAUCCAUGGGAGAUUGCAUUGCAGGUUGUAAUUGCUUUGCUCUCUGUAGUUAGUGGAUCUGCUGCUUUUGCAGCAUCAAAUCUUGUAUCCAAUUUGCAGAAAUUGAACUAAACUUGCAGAAACAAGGAAUUAACUCUAUCAUUCCUCUGCUGCAUAUUGAUUUUCGGUUUGAAUCUUA